UAUAAAAGUCGCUCAUUCGACCGUCAGUCUCGACGACUGCUGGGGGAACACUCUUCGGACGGCCGUGUGUGAACGAAACAAGAAAAACAUGACCACUCAGACACCGAAAUCAUCACUGCUGACUUCUAUCUUCGACUCCCUUUCAUCACUGUCUCCCCCAGCAUCCACCAUCCAACAACCUGCACGAACACCAAUCCAUGAGCUUAUUCUCCCCUCGCAACCACCAAGCACAACCAGCCCCUUACACAGUCUGUCAACAGAGGACACUGAGCGCGCCCGCUCGCUCUUUCUCACCCUGCACGUCCUUUUCCCUCACGAACUUCUACCGGCAUUGGACUUACUCGACCGCGGCCUCAUCACCAGGUUGACAAGUCUUCCUGCAUCUCAGGGCGAUGGCGCCGACAACAGUAACAGUGACACUAAGACCCCUGCAAGGGAAUCCCACCUUCCCAGCCCUAAUCCCGGUCCCACAGCUAUAAGACCACACACCACAACCAGCAAGCGCGAGCACGAGGUCGAGGUCGAGGUCUUCUACGUUCAAUCCGCAUCCUCGACCACCACCACGGGCAAGACGACGACAGGCAAAUACUCAUCACGCAGAGCAGCAGCACCCGCCAGCGCUGCAUUCUACGAAGUCCGCCUCGACAGCUGGAACUGCAGUUGUCCGGCGUUCAGCGUGAGUGCCUUUCAAGGCCUGGGCUUCGACGACACCGCAACCACAACCGCAAUCGCAAGCUUCGAGUCCGAAAUACGAGAACAACCACCUUUCAAAUCUGACCAGUCUGACCGAAAGGGCCCCGGGGCACACGAGCCGUGGCGCUUCGGCGGCGUCGCGACAAAUCCAUCCUCGGCGGCCCGCUCAGUGCCAUCGUGCAAGCAUAUUCUCGCUGCGGUGCUGGCCAACGUGGCGCCGGGCUUGUUUGCCGAUAGAGUCAUCGAGAGAGCCGUUGGCCGCGAAGAACUUGUCGGUUGGGGCGCCGGAUGGGGCGAGUUUGGUGGUGGAUGA